AUAUAUUCUCUCUCUUACACUAUAGUUUGUAGACCACAAUAAAACCAUCAUUUCUCCCUUCAACAACACUCCCUCUUGGCUAGCUCCAAUACUAUAGUUUGGAGACUAGCCAAACCAAAAAAAAUAAUAAAAAAUCUUCCUUCUACAAUUUGCUUCAAAUUCAUUCAAUAUCAACAACAAAAAUUCAACAAUACGUUCAUUAUGACGAACAAACGUGAAAAUCCAUCAUUUUUUUCUAUACAUCCCUCAAGACGCCUCGAUCCUAACAAUGACAAGGUUGAGUCGACAAGGACUAAUAAUUUACUAGUGAAGAAAAACAAUGUUACGAUUAAGCGUGAUCAAGAAAAAUUCAACGAUGCAGGAACUAUGUCAGACAUGAUCAAUGUGCAUGUGGGACAUGCUAGUGCACAUAAAGAGGGCGGGUCGAUGUGGACAGAGGAUAGUGGACGUGAAAGAUUGAAGAGACAUAGAAUUGAAGUGGCAGGACAUGUAUGGAUACCAGAAAUUUGGGGACAAGAGGAAUUACUCAAAGAUUGGAUUGAUUGUAGUGCAUUUGAUUCAAAAUUGAUGAAUAAUAAUAAUAUAAUGUCAGCUAGAGCUGCUUUGGUUGAAGAAAGAAGAAGAACAAAUUCAUCUUGUAGAUUGAGAAUUGAAAAUAGCUAUUGAAAAUAUGCUCCAAAAAAAAAAAAAGAUGAGUUUUUUUUU